UAAUAAAUUUUGUUUAACAAAUUUUCAUUUUAUUAUUGCAAAAUUAUUACGCAAUACUGGUUCAAUAUUAUAGAAGUACCAAGUAUUAUUAAAAGUGCAGAGUUCCUCGUCUUAAUUUAUUUUAAAUGUACUUUUAGUAUAAAUUAUUUAAACUUUAUUGUCUAAUAACUGAAAAAAAUAAUUUAGCUAGUUAAACAUUUUUAUAUAUCGAUGUCUUUAUUACGAAAAAAUUGUUUCUAUAAAAUUAAAUAUGGAUUGUGUAUUUCUUCUAGGUAUACUUUAAAAACUGAUUUAACUUUAAAACGUUUAUGUAUUUCAAAAUCUUCUAAUUUGUUUGGCUUCUAUAACACAUAUGUCAGAGAUUUUCAUUUCAAAUGUUGGAAAUGUCAGCAUAUUGCUAAAGAAAAACCAAGUUUAUUUUGUCAUAAUUGUACUGUUAUACAAUCUUCAGAAGAGCAAAACUUUAAUUAUUUUGAAUUAUUUAAUUUAGAACUAAAUUACAGUAUUGAUAUAGGCAUAUUAACUACUAAUUUUAGAAAAUUGCAAAGUCUAAUUCAUCCAGAUAAAUUUUCAAACAAAACUAAAGAGGAGAAAAAAAUGUCUGAAAAUUUUUCAUCCAUAUUAAAUAAAGCGUAUGGAACUUUGAUUAACCCACUUCAAAGAGGUUUGUAUAUGUUAAGCUUACAUGGUCUAAACAUAGAAGAGAAUCCUGUUACCUUUGAAAAAUCAUUUUUAAUUAAUAUAAUGGAAUGGAAUGAACAAAUAGAAGAAGCUAAUUCAAAAUUAUCUCUUGAAAAACUACAAAUUGAUGUGCGAGAUAUCUUAGACAACACAUAUAAAGAACUAUCAAUAGCUUUUAUUAAUAAAGAUUUUAAUCAAGCUAAAAUAUUACUAUCUAGAGCAAAAUAUUUUGUAUCAAUGUUGAACACAAUUAAAGAAAAAGAAUUAUAAUAUUUUUAAAUAAAAUUACUUUACUUUUAUUUGAAUCUUUGCUUUGCACACAAAGACACAUAUUAUAGACUUAAAAUUGCUGAAAAAAUUGUAAUAUACAUAUGUAUUAAAAAAAAAUCUGAAGUACAAAUUAAAAAAUUUUUUGAGAUAUUGACAAGUUAAGAGUAGCAAGCUGGUUGGUCCAUUUAUCAAUUGCUGCAUAACGAUUUGAUGCUGAAUCAACUAAUGUUAAUGUUAGUACUUGAUUUUUUUGAUCAAUACGACCUUUUAUAGUUCUGAAAAAAAGUAUAUAUACUCUUAUCAUCCAUUAUUAUUUAAUUGUUAUUUAUGAGAAUAAAUAAAAAUAUUGUUAUCACA